UUGAUUUAUUGCAUUGUAUUAAAUCGUUCUGUUUUUCUGGGGAGAUGGGUUGUUGUUUUAAUUACACUCUUUGUGUUGUGGUUCUCAGGCCGUAGAUUGGCUGGGAAACCAUUCAGCCUUGAGGGCCUUUUCUAGUCGACGAAACCUCUUCAAGGUCGCUUGCAAUUUCCACAUGCCAAAUGAAAUAUGGGAAUCUUCAAUGCAGAGUCAUCUAUCGUCAAACUAUCACAGCACGUGGAAAACAACAUUCCAAAACAAAAAAUGAAUCGUUACAUCUUUCUGAUUACGUUUUUCAUCUGUCUUGUAUUCUUUUUUUGCGAGUAUUUAAUCUACUUCAUUGUACAGUUUCAGUGUGAUUGGCCGGCAUUGUCACAGAACAAUCAAAGUCACCAACUUCGGGCUUUAAUACUAGCCGAUACUCAUCUUUUAGGACCUUACCGAGGGCAUUGGUUUGACAAGUUGAGAAGAGAAUGGCAAAUGUCUGUUAGUUGGUCAGCUGCAAAUACCCUUCAUUCACCAAAAGCAGUUUUCUUUCUUGGUGAUAUCUUUGAUGAAGGAAAGUGGGCCAAUCAAAAUCAAUAUGAAGACUAUGUAGAAAGAUUCACACAAUUAUUUCCAUCCAACAGUCCUCAUUAUGUUUUAGUAGGUAAUCAUGAUGUUGGAUUCCAUUACAUGAUGGAUGACAUUAAGCUAAAUAGGUUCUAUCAAACAUUCAACCUAUCAUCAUCUGACAUCUUCAGGGUUGGAGACAUUCCUUUUGUUACUGUUAAUAGUAUGGCAAUGGAAGGAGAUGGAUGCCACAUUUGUAAAGAAGCUGAGAAAAGGAUAACUUCAAUAGCAUCUGGUCUGAAAGCUAAUGAAAAACCAGUAUUACUACAGCAUUUUCCUCUAUUCAGGAAAUCUGAUGAAUCUUGUCAAGGUGAAGAUUCUGCACCAGACGAAGAAAAAGUCGUAAAUUUUCGUCCGAAAUUUGACUGCCUUUCCAAAACUUCAUCUAAUUGGUUAUUGAGAAAUCUCAAGCCGCGCGUUGUUUUCUCCGGUCACACGCAUCACAGUUGCGUAUAUAAUCACAGCGGAGUGACAGAGUUCUCUGUUCCGUCAUUCAGCUGGCGGAAUCGCAAUAAUCCCAGUUAUUUAUUGGUCACCAUAUCUACAGAUGAAUAUGCGGUCUACAAGUGUUUUAUGCCAAAAGAAUCUACUGUCAUCAGAAUUUACGUAAUAUUUGUAAUUGUUUUGAUGAUAAGCAGUAUAUUUUUUGGCUACAAACGAUUUCGAGCACGUCACGUAAAAACAUUGUAACAUAAUGUACGAUCUUGUGUGAUUUUCUCGAACUUGAGUUUCUCCGUGUCUAAUGCUUGGAAAAUACAUGUAGAAUCGGACGUAGAGCAAUCGAGAAAUUAAAAAUUGUUUAAUAUAAGAUUUCAAAAAAAAAUGUCCCCUUGAAAAACAAAACGGAACCAGCCCGAAUGUAAAUGUUCCAUUUUUAUUGUACGAUAUGGUCGCCAUAAAAACCAUCUGGUCAGACUUUAUUGCCAAGCCCUAGUAUACAUCCACCAUGUGACCAAUACAUUUCUAGUUCAGAUAA